AUGUUAAGAAUCGUAUAUGUGAAGAAAGAAGACACGAUGUGGGAAUCUGCGAAUACAACAGCGACAAAUCUUAAUGCUCAUAAUUCUCAACUAUCAUUUUAUGAAUAUCCACCGGAAAAACCAUUUACUAAUUCCAUUUAUCAACCAUUGCGAUCUUCAACUACUUUAUCAAGAACAGUCACAUUGCCUGAGUCUAAUCGUGAUCAAUUGUUGACAGCAUUACAAUCUUUGACAUUGAAAAUCAAGACGCUUGAAAAUGAACGAGAGAGAGCCGAAUCCAAUCUUCGUCAAAUUACGAACGAUAUUCAUCGAUCUCGAACGCACCAUAAACUUCCCGAGAAUAUUUCAGACAAACGAGCAAACAAACUGAAACAAGAGCUUCAUUCACCUCAAGAUUUACCAUGUAGAAAUGCAUUUACCACAAACGAAGAACGUUCUCGAAAAUCUCGAUUAGGAACUCGACGAAAGAAACGAUCGUCUCAGGAACAUCAUAGUUGUGAACCAACAAAUACUGACGCGCGACAUUUCCAUUUGGACAUGAAUUCAGUACCAUUCAUUCUUGGUGCAUCAACAUCACCAAGUCACAAUGUCAAAUCCAAUGUACAAAAUGUUAUUGCUUUACUAAAGAAUCAUAAUCAUCAAUUAUGUCUCUCAUCGAAAGAAUAUUCAGAUCUUCAUCAUACGAAUGGGAGAAGUGAUUUAUCUCCACAUACGAUUCUUUAUCUUGAUCAUUAUAAUAAAUCAUCCCGCACACGUCCUUCAUCAGCGUCACCGAUUCGCGCUGUCCGUCGUUCAGUCACAACAUCACCAUCUGAACGUCCACAUAGAUCAGCAUUGUCCGAAAAACAAUGUCAUUCACGUAUAAAACGUCUUCGUCAAGAAUUCGCCACGCUCGCACGUGAACAUACAACUAUAAGCACAUCUCGAAACAAUUCACGAGAAUUAGAGAUUCUCAAUCUUCGCAUGGAAUUGAUUCUUGAUGAAUUGGAACGUUUACAACGACUAUUGAAACUUUCGGUAAGAAAAACACAAUCAGACAAAAUUGAAACGCCAUUAGAAACAUUGAGAAAAACGAAAUUGUUACAAACAAUUCUCAAAGAUCCAUCGAAUAACCAACAUUAUCAAGGACAUUCUCGUCGCAGUCGACCGAAAUCCAAUGAUUAA